CGGUAGCCCCGUGUAACCGGCACCAUGUGGCGAAUCCGGAGGCUGGUUACGAGCGCUAGGCGUUAGCUGAACUAUCGUCGUCCAGGUACGACAGCUUAAACCGCGCAACAACACGAGGACUAUGAGUAUAUAGUCUCACCCUCGUUUGCAUCAUUCUCAUCUCCAUCACAACAUCACCACAUCAUCACAAUCCUACGACACUCGCUUCGUUCAUUCCAGCAUCUCAACACCACUCACUUCACGAAGCAUCUCUCCGCAACAACAAACAUGCGUUACACCACCUUCACCAUCGCUGCGGCCGCGUCCUUUGCUUCAGCGCAAACUACUUCCACCCCCGCAGCCGCAUCUCCCACAAGCGCCACCGUUCCUGUCGGCGAGAACUGCACACCAGGCGGCGUGCCCUGCGCACUCGGCGCCAACUGCUACGCCGUCAACUCCGGCCUCAUCCCCGUAUGCGGUAACUUCCAAGCCUCAUGCACCCGCGACGAGCAAUGCGCCUACAACACUUGCAACCUCACCGACGGCCUUUGCAACGGAUUCAUCGCAUCUUCUUCGGCCUCAUCCUCGGCGUCAGCAAUGGUCACCAGCGGUGCCGUCACACCAACCAACCAAGGACCUCAGCCUGCCCCGUCACCCACCGUCGUUGCGCCUGCUGGCUCCCUUCCUCUCGGCGCUGACUGCAAUCCUUAUGUCAAGCCUGACCAGUGUGCCAAUGGUGUGCAGUGUUGGGCCAGCAACGCUAUGUUGAUGGCGCGAUGCGGAAACUUCAACGCCGAGUGCAGUAGCGAUGAUCAGUGUGCGUAUAACAUCUGCAGUGGUGGUCUCUGCAGGGGUUUCAAGCCGUCCAGCGAGUUUCCCGUCAUGUCUUCAACUGCGAUGAAUCCUAUGCCUGCUGCUAGCUCAAUGCACCCCGGCUCGAUGGUCGCUAUGCCGUCCGGAACCAUGGGCCAUAUGCCAUCUGGCAUUGUGCCUCCACACAUGAUCAACGGUACCAUGACCAUGGUGCCUACUGGAACUGGUGCUGCUAUGCCCAGCGGUCCGGCAAACGCCACGUCGACCAGCCCUUCUCAGUUCACUGGUGCUGCUGCCGUCGACAACGUUGCUGGCGGUGUCAUGGCGAUUGUCUUUGGUGCCGUUGCUUGGGCUUUGUAAGCUGUUGGGAUGCGCGCGCUGUUGGAUCUUCGCUAUAUCAUAGAAUUAAUUUGCUGUACAUAUUUAUCCUAACGUCAUAACGCUACACAGCUAUAAUGCUAGAAAAGUACUAUUUCUUCAAAUUUCUUCGCACAUGUUAUGAUAACCGUUGUCUUGUUCCCAUUGAUCCGCAUUCGGUUUGAUCUUGGUAGGCUUGGCAUGCUUCUCGAAGCAGCCCUCGGGACGUCACACCAAGAUAACGUUACUACGCAGCACUCUUUUAUCAGUGA